GUCCUGAGGUCCUCAGAGCCACUGCAUCGCCUUCGGAGGACAUGGGGUGUAUGGCAAAUCCCCGAGCUGGAAGUUCAGGAUGCAAAGGCCUUGCUGGAACUAUGGCCACUGGGGAGUUUUCUUGUCAUAGGACAUGGCCCCAGCCAGGACUUGGUGCUGAGGACAGGACCUUCCUCAGGAGAAAUAAACACCUACCAGAUCAAGAAAGUUCCCGGAGGUGUGUCUCUGGAAUCUUCUAACCUCUGCAUGCCUGACCUGCCCCAUCUCCUGGCCUUCCUAUCAGCCAGCAGGGAUGUUUUACCUAGAACACUGCUCUUGCCUCCCUCAAGUCUAGGGACAGGGGACAAACACACAGAUCCUCCGCAGACUGGCAGGGUCCAACUCGACAUCUCAGGAAAGGCCCUCUCUGUGGUGAACCAGAUCUCCCUGGAGACACACAAAGGGCAGGGGAUGACAAAACAGGCCCUCCCUGAGGCACCACAAGAAACAGCACACAAAAAUAGCCCAGCCCCCAGGAACCCCACCCCUCACCGCGUCUCCUGGGUGGAAGGGCCACUCAGCCCAGAAGUACACUAUCCUGGGCCAGCUCUGGACAACUUGGUGGAGGAGGAGGAGGUGGAGGUGGAGCACUCCUACAAAGAUGAAGAAGAGGGGCCUGAGGGUGUUCUCACCCUUCAUAUCCAGACUCUGGCCAGAAACUGUAGUAACUAUGUGGCCAAGCAGCUCCGGGGUCUUCAGGCUCGCCUCACCUCAGCAGCAGUAGGCUCCCACGGGCCCGGGGACCCAGCCACAGAGCUGCUUCAGGAUCUACGGCACUUUCUUAUUGACCUCCAGGAUUACCUCCUAAGGGAUCCGCAUGUCAGGGCCCUCUUUGGGAACAGGGGGUCUGGAGUAGCCCAGAUGGACCAGGAUCUUGGCCCCGCAGUAGAGGUGGCCGUGUGCCAGGCGCUGCUGGCACCCCUAAAGCCUGCCCUGUGGACUCGACUGCGCACACUCCGCGCCCAGGAGCUGAGGCUACUCCGGCGGAGACAAAUAGCCCUGAGGGCGGAGGCGGGGCCUCGGGGUGCUCAGGGGGCGGGGUCUGAGGGGCAGGGUCCCGCCUCCACCCUGCGGAGCCGCAUCCACCAGCGCCUGGCGCGCCUUCACGCCGCCUGCGCUCCCCGCCGCAAGGUGGAGCUCCUGCUGGCUGUUUGCAGAGACAUCUAUGCGGGUCUGACCUGUGGCGAGAAUCAAGAGCCCCAGGGGGCUGACGCUUUCUUGCCGGCGCUGACGGAGGAAUUGAUCUGGAGCCCAGACCUUGGGGAGACUCAGCUGGACGUGGAAUUCCUCAUGGAGCUCCUGGACCCGGACGAGCUGCGGGGAGAGGCCGGGUACUACUUGACCACGUGGUUUGGAGCAUUACACCAUAUUGCCCACUACCAGCCAGAGGCGGGACGCGCGCCGCAGGGACUCAGCUGUGAGGCCCGUGCCUCCCUACGACAGUGGCACCGCAGGCGGACGCUGCACGGACAGAACCACGCUGGUACCCAGGCUGACCUGCCGUUUGAGGAGCCAUGGGUGAGGGGAACAGAGCCCGGGAACCACUGA